AUGGCCAAAAAAACUUCCCAUCCAUUCUCGGAUACGCAAAACGCAGACAGUAAACCUUAUAACAACUCAAUCAUGGGAAAAGAUUCCUCAACCACACUUGUUUUUGUUCCCCAAUGGAAUCGAAAACUGGCAUCAAACAAAUCUGCCGCAUCUGGGGGUGGCGGAUAUGCGUUCUUAUCAAGGAUCACAGCGAUGUCGUCAUCCAAACCCGGCUUUCAGACUGAAAGGAAACCAGCUUUGAUUAUGCGACCUGAGAACACCAUGAACAAUCGCCUGAUACAUUCCAAUCCCGUUUCUAACGGGCUAUUUGCACCCGAUCACUGCGGCGUUAUUCCACAAGCCAGUGUACGGAUACGAAAACGCAAGUCUUGUGCUACGGUAUCUCGAAACAGACGUCCUGGAAUUCUACUCGGUUUCGGUUCAACCGGGAGACGUGAAGUUCGUAAUGAGGAGAAUGGUAUUAACUCUCCACUUGUUGCGGUCAACGCGUGCAAGAAACGAGUAGAAUUUCAUAGACAAAUGCGAUCGGAUAGUGUGAAACCCGGUGCACUAUUGCCACUGAACUCGCGGCUCACUCAAGAUGCUCACCAAUUGAAACCAUCCACUUUUGAUGAAACAGAUUCAAAUCGUUACCAUGUGUUCAGUUACGACCAAGUGAGACGUCUUGACAGCUUACUUCAAACACAAUUGUGCAUUGCUCCACGUCCUCCUCAAUGGGAUUAUGGCCUCAUGCCCGGUAUCGGUCCCGAAUUGAUGCGAUGCUAUUCGGGUGCUGGACCGUCGUGUCAUUCUAACUCGCUUCCAAGUCGUUUUUCAGCCAGCCAGUCUCCAGGGUCACUUGACAGAAAUAAAUGCACUUCGUGUGUUGCAGAUCGCGAAUCAGCAACUAAGACGAAUACCAAAGAACACGUGAUACAUCGCCACGAGAGAAAUGCGUGCAUCGACCCGGGAUUCUGCAUGCCAAUUAUAAAUGUACAACUAAAACAGCUGAUUCGCACCAUUAGAGACCGACUAUUGGAAGAACAAAUAGUUGUAAGGGAGAUACGAUUGAACGGAGGUGCUGCCGGUUGUGUAAUAAGUCUCGAAGAACAAGACAACUACAGUGAUUUGGAUAUCAUAUUCAGCGUGGAUUUAUCCAAUUCUGUCACCUUCACCAAAAUAAAGUCAGUGGUCUUUUCAAGCAUCGCUCAGUUUCUGGCGGAUACGUUUGCGUGUGGUGACCAUUCCGCUGCAGCUGUGUCAAUGAACGCAGCCGAUAUGUUACCGGAAGUGAACCGGUCUUCACCUAGCGCAGCUGCUGAACCGAAUUCCGAAACCCACUCAACCAGUUCUCCAUUGGACACAAAUCGCCCACGGACUCGUUCUAGUCACUCUUUUACGUCACAUACGGAAGCCGGAACUUUGCCAUCUACGUUGCCAACCUCAACACGUUCCUAUACGACCUCUCGUAUUGCACACAACCGGCGUGCCAGUGAAACCUCCGUUCAUUGUCCAGGGUCCACUUUGACGAAAUGUGAUUCACGAACUUGUGGGAGCGGCAGCGCGAACAGAACUGUUACUGGUGGUGAAACAAAUACGGGUAGUAGUAAUACAAAUGCUGCCAUGGCAAUGAUGAUGACUUUUACAUCGUGUUUUUUCUCAGCUCCUUUCCACUCCUUACCCUGCCCUCAGAAUUGGAGUCGUUUGUUACGGGACGAGUCCUUAGUUAAACAGUACAUACAAAAAAUGGUGCGUAUUCAUAAACCUAGUUCAAAGACUGCCGAUUCUUGGUCUUUAUUCACACUGGGCUAUCGAACACUGGACGGUGGAAAAACGGUUGAUGUGAAAUUUGUGGAUCGCAUGCAACGACCGUUCGAGUUCACGGUGGACAGCUUCCAAAUUGUCCUCGACAGUCUGAUGACAUUCUACGAGACAUCCAGACAGGCCAUGGAUGAACAUUUUUAUCCCACGGUUGUGGCCGAAUCGGUCGCGGGCAGUUUCGUCGAAGCACUGUCACACUUGAAAGAUCGGUUGAUUGCCACACCACGACCGGAAGAAAUACGUGGGGGCGGAUUGUUAAAAUAUUGCAAAUUGUUAGUCGAUGGUUAUCGACCUUCAUCGCAUACCGACGUGCUUUCCAUGGAACGUUAUAUGUGUUCCAGAUUUUUUAUUGAUUUCCCGGAUAUCCUCAGUCAGCAUCAACGUUUGACGUAUUAUUUGGCCAAUCAUUUCGAUAAUAAUGAUGCCACGAAAGCAACCUAUCUACAGGCACUCGGAAGUAAGAUUAUUACUGAUUCGUUGAUGCGGUUGAUCAAGUCUUUCAUGGUAAUAAGCACCCCCAAAGCCGUUGCUGCUGCUGCUGCUGCUGCUGCUGCUGCUGCUGCUGCUGCUGCUGCUGCUGCUGCUGCUGUAUAG